AUGGAAAACAUCAUGGACAGGACCAAAAGAGAGGCAGAUAACUCUAAAAAGUUUGCAAUUCAGAAUAUUGCAAAGAGUUUACUGGAUGUUGCGGAUAAUCUGGAUAAAGCUUCUUUGGUUGUAAAAGAGAGUUUUUCUAAGAUCGAUGCAUCUAAGGACACUACUGGAGCCUUUCCGCUUUUAAAAAUGGUUCUUGAAGGCGUUGAGAUGACUGAAAAGCAGCUAGCAGAGGUUUUCAAGAAAUUUGGAGUGGAGAAAUAUGAUCCAACAAACAAGGAGUUCGAUCCAAACAGGCAUAAUGCAGUGUUUCAAACAUAUGGGAUCAAACAUAUGAGCUUUAUUGAAUUGUUCAAUAACAUUUGCUACCCGUGUGGUCACACGGGUCCUACAGCUAGUACUUUGUAUUAUAACUCAACCCCUUAA